AUGCCUGCUGCCAAUUCUGGUUCCGAUUCAGCUGCUGCUUCUCGUGUACCUUCUGCAGUUGGUGUAGAAGAAGAUGCAGAACCUGACGAGGCAGUGCCUACAAAUGAUGAUGAAGACGAGAUGAUGUUUCCUGAACUGGUCGAUGUAGCCAGUCAGCAAACAUUGGAUGACGAAUAUAUGGAGGAGCCCAUCAGCCAAGCUAGGUUUGAUGACACUGACGAUGAAGAGAAGGUGGAGAACAUGGAGAGCUUAAUCGAGGAUGAAUACGAUGAUGAUGACAUGCCAACAAUUGAGUGGAACAGGGAAAAACCUGAGCUUAGUGUAGGUACCAUUUUCCAAUCAAUGGUGGACUGUCGGAAUGCAGUGACAACAUGGUGCAUUAUAUCUGAAAACACCUAUAAGAUUAAAAGGAGUGAGCCAGCAAGGUUCACAGUAUUUUGUCCAUAUCCUAGGUGUAGGUGGAAGUUGCAUGCAUCUCGUAUGAUCAAGAGCAAAUAUAUUCAGAUAAAGAAGAACCCACACAAGCACACAUGUCCACCUGGAGGGGGAGGGGGGAAGGUCAAAACCAAGCUAGCAAAAACUAGGUGGGUGGCAGAUGCUAUAUUGGAUUGGCUGAGAGAAGAACCUGGACUUGGUCCAACAGCACUCCAUGGGAAGCUUUUUGAGAAGUACAAGAUAGAAAUUCCUUACAUGAGAAUUUUCAAUGCUAGGGAAAGGGCUCUUGACAGAAUUAAUGGUCAAUGGAAUGACAGUUUUCAGCUACUUUACACUUUCAAAGCUGAAGUGGAGAUGGCAAGUCCAGGGAGUGUUGUAGAGAUUGACAAGCAUACAGUUCCAUUCAAAAUAAAUGGGAAGUCAUUUCAGAAGGAGUGCUUCAGAAGGGCUUUUGUUUGUUUCAAGGCUUGCUGGCAGGGGUUUCUAGAUGGUUGCAGGCCCUAUUUGGUUGUAGAUGCUACACAUUUGACUGGAAGACGGAGAGGACAGCUAGUAGCAGCUUCUGCAGUUGAUGGACACAACUGGCUAUUCCCAGUUGCAUUUGGUGUGGUGGAGGCAGAGUCUGAGGAAAGUUGGGUCUGGUUUCUGCAGCAGUUGCGCAACAUUAUAGGCACACCCCCAGGUUUAGCUAUACACACAGAUGCUUGCAAGGGUUUAGAGAGUGCAGUGGAAAUUGUAUUCCCUGGAGUGGAGCAUAGGGAAUGUAUGCGACACCUAGCGCAUAAUUUCAAAAAGAAGUUCAAAGGUAAAGUUUAUGAUGAGAACUUAUGGCCAGCAUCAUACACAUGCAGCAAAAGGAAGCAUGAACACCAUUUGAGAGUGUUGUAUGCUCAAAAUCCUCUUGUGAAGGAGUACAUGGAUGCACAUCAUGGUAAGGUGUGGUCAAGAAGCCAAUUCAACGAAAUCUGCAAAGUAGAUUAUGUGACCAGUAACAUUGCAGAAUGCUUCAAUUCAAAGUUCAAGUCAGUGAAAGGGCUCUUGUUGUGGCAAGAAUUUGACAAGAUGAGGCAAAUGAUCAUGAUAAAGAUGGCUCUUCGCAAAAGAAUUGCAGAAACACAAUAUGUUGGUCAUCAAAUGCUCCCAUAA